AUUAUAUUAUUAUCAUAUUCUGUAUUUUAUGUGGUAGCAUUUUAGAUUUUGGUGCGCCAAUAGAAAAAAAGUAUCAACAGAAAAAUCGAUCAGAAAAUUUCACAAACAAAACUCAAAUAUCGAACUUAUCCAGCUGUCAACCAUCAAAUACAUAGACUUAAAGAGCAAUGGCUGGGUCAAAGAGAACUUUCUAUGCUGACGAUGAGUUGGUGAUAACCAAACCAGGAACAAAUUCCGAAAUAACUCCUGAAUUACAAGAAAAAGAAUCUGCUCAUGGUAAUAUAUCAUUCAUCCAAGGUAUGGGAGUUAGAACUACACCAUACUUAGAGAAAUACGCUAAUCAAUUCCGUCUUUUUAUUCAUGAUAAGGUAUCUAUCGCUGAUGCUGAAUUAAAUACUCAAGUUAGUGCUUUCAAUAAUGAAGUUGCAUCCAUCAAAAGUCAAAUUGAUUCUGUUAUUCAAGAACCUUUAUUACCUAGUUUAGUAUACAUUUUGACUUUCACAUUAACUGGAUCUAUUUUAGUCAACAGAAGAGCUUUACCAUUAAGAUUCAUAACUCCUAUAAUAUUCGGUACUUCUUCAUUAGCUUACUUCAUGCCAAAUACUUUCCAUACUAUAACAUCUAAAUAUGAAAAUUAUGAAAAGGAACAUUUUCAAGAAUUUAAUUAUCAAAAGAAUCAAUUAAUCUUUGAAAAUUUACGUACAUUUAAAGAAGAAUUUCAAAAUAGUUUAGAUGAAGCUAAUAAAAUCAUAUCUAGUUCAGUUCAUGAUGCUAGAUCCUACAUAACUGAUUUGAUAUCCGAUGAUGAUAAAUGAAAAUAUAAUAUGACUCUAACAUAUAUUAAUAAAUAGAAACC